AUGCGUUCCAUCAUCGCACUGGUCCUGCUCGCCAUGACCUGGCGGGCCAUAGCAUCAUACACGCACCCCAACGACGUCCUCGUCCUGCAUACCCCGACUCGCACCACUAAUGCACUCGUUGCUACCCCAGUCUACUCGUACUCCUCCUCAGACAUCGCUUUCCAGAUGACUGGUCCGACCACGGCUGUCGGCAACGUCCAGUACGAAGUUCUACAGCAUCAUACGACGCUUGCUAUCCCCACGUCAUUCGCUAUCCCGACAUUGGUUCAACCUCAUCAAUUUGCAGCUUUGAGCGCACAUAUUGACCGGGCUGCAAUAACUUCGAUGCUUAGCCAUAAUAAGCCGUACAGCUGCGACAAGAAGGACCACCGGUACAACGACACCAUCUGCGUGUUCCAGAAGUGCAUGUCGAAAUUCAGAGAUCCCAUCUACAUCACGACUGUUUUCACUCCUGCUCACUGUAACUCCUGUGGCUGGUUGACGCGACAGACCACGCUCACUGGAAAUCAUUGGGGUGUGGUCGAUCGAGACUGCCUGUAUUACCCUUCGACGCUCAUCGUGACGACCGAUCGACUUGGAACAGAAUCAGCAGUCCCCUCAGUCACCAUCCCGAGGAAGGACAAGAGGAUACGUGUCCAUUAUCACGACCCACCGAGUUGCUGGAGCAAAGUCACAUGUGCUCAUGAGUGUCUCAUCGAAGCCAGGGAUUAUCGUGGCUUUUGGGACAUGCGCGAUACCGACAAUUGGCGCACUAUGGCUCCAUAUGUGUUUUGGGCCGGUUUCUGGUUGCUGCUCUCGAGCUUGUUUUCAUGCUGUUGCUGUUGCCUCCCGUGUCGAUCUCUACGCCGCAAGCAGAGGCAAAACAUUGAGAAGCCCACCGAGACCACUGAAGAGGUCGUUACGACAACAGAGACAGCAGAUACUGCUGAUCAAGGUACCCUAGGACGCCGUGCCGAAGAAGGCCGCGGCCAAGUUCAUUUCGCUGAGCCUGCUGAGACUGCUACUGGUGCUGGUGGAUCCCAGGUCUUUACCACUCAUGCUGGCGGGACUGUCGUCACUGCACCCGCCCAUGCCGUCGAACAUGUCGUCGAAGAGGCUCCCAAGGCCACUGAGAAGGUUGUCAGCGUCCCUGUUGAGGCUGCCGAGCAUGUCGAGACCGUUGCCGCCCACGAUGGCACUGCUGAAGUGGCCGAGGCGGUCAACACGGGCAGCGAGAUGGCCGACAUGAACAGCAUGCGUGGCCGCAAGCGCACCAAACAGUCGCGUGGUGAUGUCCUCAACCUCCGCUUCUGA